ACUUGAAGUUGCUCCGCAAUGCCACCAACCUCCGUCCACUCACGACCCAACGAUUUUAUCUCUGGAAAUAUUUAAUUACGUCGCGUAAACAAGUCUCCGACUCAAUCCAUCCGCCGAUUGCGAAAUCUUGCAAAACCAUUCGUAGGCACUCUCACUAACCCCGCUUUAGCUGUGAUUAUCACCCCCCGGCGCCAACUUCACGCCAUUCCGCAAAUUCCUGUUCGUAUUGUCAUUGCUCCAUCAGAAAAUAAAUAAAUCUCGCCGAAGACAUGUCAGACUGGGACACAGUGACAGUUUUAAAGAAGCGGGCCCCCAAAGCCUCCGCGAUGAAAAGCGAGCAGGCCGUGAACGCGGCCCGCCGCCAAGGAGUCCCCGUGGACACCCAGCUCAAAUGGGGCGCCGGGGGCAAUAAGCAGCACGUGGCCACGAAAAACACCGCGAAAUUGGACCGCGAGACCGAGGAGUUGAGGCACGAAACAAUCUCGUUAGAUGUAGGUAAGAUCAUCCAGCAGGGGAGGCAGGCGAAGGGGCUCAGUCAGAAAGAUUUGGCCACAAAAAUCAACGAGAAGCCGCAGGUGAUUACGGAUUACGAGGCCGGCAGGGGGAUUCCGAACAACGUAAUCAUCGGAAAGAUCGAGAAGGUGAUUGGAUUGAAGUUGCGGGGGAAGGACCGCGGAAAACCACUUCUGCCCCCUGGGCACAAGAAUGAUUGCUAGUUCACGAGUUAUUGAUGAUUCACGUUGAAUGAUCGUUGGCGUGUUAUCAAUAGAUGGUUGCAGGACGAACCUCAUGCUGUAUGUCAACAAGGCGGUAAAAUUAAGUGCACUAUUAAUUUAUAUAAGGGAAUUAAAAACGCGUUUCGUUGGGUGUUUUUCUUGGGUUGAUAACAUAGGCAAGAUUGUUUGGUAUUGUACUCAUAAAACCUCUUCAUCUAGAGAGAUAAGUUCUAUUUUAAAAUAUCACGAUAUUGUGUAGUUUAUCAGGCUUGCGUUUAAAACGUUGUUAACACCUUAAUUCUUGUGUAGAUUAAGAAGAAUCGCUUUUAAUUUUAACGUUUUUAUGUUGUAUUUAGUUUAUUCGUUUUGAUGGACAUCUGGAUACCUCUUAAGUAAAAUUUGAUUUUAUUUAGGGAUAAGUUUUACAGAUUUUUACUUCUACAGAAUAUAUUUUGUAGAUGUAGAUCAUUACUUUUCCAUGUUUGUUAAAUAAAGGAGUUUCUGCCAAA